AACACACACACAGCUAGUAGCUUCUACCACUCGUAAGCUAUAGCUUGCUGAUAGCAUGGCGCCAUCCAAGCUUGUCCUGUUCCUCGCCCUGGCCGUCCUGGCCUUCGCGGCAGACGUGCAUGGCUGCGAGCCGUCCUGUCCUACCCCUACGCCGCCGGUCGUUCCCACCCCACCAGUCGUGCCGACGCCGUCCGGCGGUGGAUCUUGCCCAAUCAACGCGCUGAAACUGCAGGUGUGCGCCAACGUGCUGAAUCUGCUGAAGCUCAACAUUCCCGGGUUGGGGAACGACCAGUGCUGCCCGCUGCUACAGGGGCUCGUUGACCUGGAUGCCGCUGUCUGCCUCUGCACCGCCAUCAAGGCCAACAUCCUUGGCAUCAACCUUAACGUGCCCAUCGACCUUCGCCUCCUCCUCAACCACUGUGGCAAGGUCUGCCCUGCAGACUUCACCUGCCCCCUUUAAGUGACUGGUUGCGAUGAAACGUACAAUAAGUCCAUGCCUCAUCUUAUCAUCAUCCAUACUACAGCACUGCCUCGAUCUCCUUGUACGACUGCACCUGUGUUGCAAGCAGUCUUGUUGGUUUGCAUCUGCAUGUUCUCGUUUCUCGUUUGUUGUUUCUCUUUAAAUUUGGGUCCGGGUUAUCGCUGAUCGGGUGAGCUCUAUGCCUCUAUGCAAAAGCUGCCCGUUGUUCUCGUUCAUACAAACAUAUGUCUGUAACUUCAAAAACGUGAAUAAAAGUCUAUACAAGUUGUGCCCCCUCGAGGUGUAA